GUUGGUGCGGGGCCGAUGGCGGCGGGUGCUGCUGGUGUGGAAGAUGAGGCUGCAUGAGAGCCGGACAAGGCCCUUCCAGGCUCCUGCCACUGUGCACAGCUUCCCGGGCAGGCAGGUGUUCGUGUUCCCCAAUGGCCGCCCGGACUCCGAGGAGGAGUCCUCGGAGGAGGAGGAGCUCAACGUGAUGGAGCUGCGGCCCAGGGGCAAGGAGCAGCAGCGGGGCAGCGCCCGGGCCAGGCUGGGGGACGUGGUGCUCCUGGAGAGGGAGCUCACCGAGGAGGACAGCCUCAACAAGCUGGCCCUGCAGUACGGCUGUAAGGUUGCAGAUAUCAAACGCGUCAACAACUUCAUCCGGGAGCAGGACCUGUACGCGCUGAAGUCCAUCAAGAUCCCGGUGCGGCCGCACGGGCUGCUCACGGAGAGCGCCGGGGCCCUGCGGCCGCCCCCGGCGGGGCCCGCCCAGCCCGGCCUGACGCGCGUGGAGCCGCCGGAGCCCGACCCCGGUGCAGGGGGCUCCGCUGGCGGCCGGCGUCUCAGUGAGUACUUCAGGGGCAUCGACCAGAGCAUCCAGGACGCCGUGCAGGUGGAGGUGCAGCUGAGCGCGGAGUACGGCGGGGAGGGGCUGGAGAGGCCGCUGCCCGAGGCGGGGAAGCGGGACGCUGGGAACGGCGCGGACUGUGGAAUCCAGUGGUGGAACGCCGUCUUCAUUAUGCUCCUGAUAGGAAUCGUCCUGCCGGUGUUUUAUAUCAUCUAUUUUAAAACACAAGGCCUGGUGGCCCACAGCUCUAACAUGACAAACUCAAAUGUUUCAACAGCUGGAUAGGAAGGAGAAUUACCACAAGGCUCAGUCGUAGGAAAAAAAAUCCUAAGGUGAAAGGGCAGCCCACUCCAGCCUCUCCAGCAGUGAUGCCCGUAUGGUUGUGACUGACUCAAGUGCACCCAAGGGGAUAAGACAAUACAGAUUAUUUUUAUUUUUAUAAGUAGCUGAUGAUGUAAUCCUGAAUUUGACUGAAAAUUAGGUGAUGUGAUUUUGAUAGGAAAACAAGGAUGCUUUGUUGCUUACAGAGAUCGUCACCCAGGUGGCUUCACAGUUGGGAACUCUGUUGAGGGAAAGUAUUUUGUAGCAAUUUACUCAUUAUGGUUGCUUCAGGUAUUUCUUAAUGCCGUGUCUAGAAGCAAAUUCUUUGCUGCUGAGCUAGAGAGUGCAGUAUUAAUGUGGUUGGAAAGUUGGGAGUUGUUUGUAUUUUAAAGAAACACUUUUUGCUGGAAGUGGGGGGGCACUUUUUCUCAGAAGUGUCAUUUUUGUCUCUUGCAGACCAUGGUGGUUUUGGCCUGCUUGAGCCUAAUGAUGCCUUCUGGGGCUCUAAGCUGGGUGUGCCAGGGCAUGGUGACGCUGCCAGCACCCCACCUUGUCACCCCUGUGAGCAAACCUUUGAGCUGUGUUCAAUUACAAUGCAUCAGGCCCACCCCUGGGAAGGGUGAGCCCAGACCUCUUUCACUCAGUGAAAUCCUUCAGAGAUGGCUCCUGAGAUCAGAGCUCUCCGUGCAGGAUCUGUGCUGUCCCAGCGUGCUGCUCAGCCCUGUGUGGCCCCAGGUGGGCAGGGGGUGUUGGAUGAUGACAGGAGAGCACGAGAGAGGAGUCACAGGCACUUCUCAAGGGCUCGUUUUCUGCCAGGAGGGCUAGUCAGUAUUAUUUGCUAGAAAAACUAAUAAUAGUCUGUAGUGGUGCUUCUCAGACACCCAGGCUCAGUCAUGGAAUUACUUCCUUGUGUGCAGUCUGAGUGGGAGUGAAGUGGGAGCUGGGUGCGUGUUGCAAGGUCCAGGACAGAAGUCCAAGAAGGGUGAAGCCUUUCUAGGAGAGCACCGUGAAGCUGCUGGUUGUGAGUUUCUGUGAACUGACCACGUGCACUGAAAAGCUUCGCAGGGCAGUGGAGAUGUUGGUCAGCCCCAGGGCUGUGCUCUUCAGUCACUCAGCAAAGACUACCUUCUGCAAGGGAGCAGCAAGGGAGGCCUUGGGAGCUUUGCUAAAGAGAGGAACUUCCCUCAGAAAUUUGAUUCAGCGAAUUCUGGGCCUGUGGGCAGAGGUAAAGGCUUUCCUGGAACCAACCACUAAAUGUGUGGGCAGGUGCUGUUGGUGCUGAGGGUGAGGGCAGUGCUGGUGGGCAGGGACAGGAAGCUGCUGUUCAUCAUCCCCACCUCAGCCCAGCCCCAUCUGCACGUUCCCAGCUGCCAGCAGGACCACAGGGCUUUUCCAGCUUCCCCUGGCAGCCUGAGGCCGGCUGGGGCAGAGCAGGGGCUGUGGCACAAGCACCUGCUGUGCAGGUGUGGCUCAGCCUGGCCUGAAGGACUGCCUCUGCCUGGACAGGGAGGAUUGAAGCUUCUCCAGCAAGGUGAGGACCCUGCACCACACAGGCACAACCGUGUGCUGCUACAAUGAGAACCUGCGUUCCCUGCAGCUCUCAAAAGUGGGAACCUAAUUUUGUUAAUGAACACUCCAAAGUAUCUUAUAUUGAACAAAAUCUUGUAUUUUUCUUCUGUGAAGAGCUGUACCUCUGUUCUGGGGAGAGGGUGGGACCAGGUUCUUACAUUUUUAAAUAAAGCCACAUGAAAUGAAAGCACAAGGGGCACAGCUUGUGCUUUAUUUGCUACCACACAGCUGAGCACCUGCCUUAGAAGGAGGGGCCCCUUGCAGCCUCACCUCAGCCUCUGCAGAGAGCAGGAGUGGGAGCAGCAGGAGGAACCGGGGCUGAGGCAGGACUGGCCUUGGGCUCUCCACUCUCCAUGGACCCUGGGUCAUCUGCCAGUUUCUCCAUGUUUUACAGAAAGGUGCUUAGCAGGCAUCAGUCCUUGAGUGCAGUAACAAGUGUGUGUGCAUCCCUGCUGAGAUCCUCGUGGCUGCAGUUAAGAACCAACACCUGGCACCUGGACUGACAGCUGCAGGGGGCAAGGACGGGACGGGACGAGUGCUCUGCAAACACGAGAGAGGCCGGAGUACACAGUAAAAGCCAGUAUCUUUACUUUAGUGAAUGCAGGAUACAAAUAUUUUACAACAACCUCUAGCAUUUUCUUAACCAUUUGAUAAAAAGUUCACUAGAAUAUUUAUUGUAUAUUGAAGAAAAAACAACACAUUCAGGGAAAAAAAUUGAGAUUAACUUAUUUUUUUUCUUAAAAGAUUCGUCUCAAGGAUGGCAACAAAGUCCAGCUUGUGCCGCCAAACGGCUUAUCAGCAUUAAACCGUGAACAGCUUCUUGUGAACUGUUGACUACAAACAUUUACCAAAUACAUAAAUCUCUUUUAAAAAAGCCAUUUUAAAUAUAGCAAAGCAGUGUUCUCUUGCACAGCAAAGUGAAGAAAGGUUCUACUAAGAUUUAAAUGUUUACAUUGGUUAAGUCUUUCUUUCACAUUCGGAUUUAACUUCUGCCCAGGAUCAAUUGUUAGGAGUUGUUUUGUUCCUUAUUUACUAUGUAUUUCUUGUGCGCACAGUAACUCGCAAGUUUCUGAUGCAUUAGUGUCCUUGGAGGGAAGGCAAGGCUAAAGCAGUUCUCUCUGACGAGUCCCUGACAACGUGGCGUUCUCAAAACUAUCGUGAGAGCUCGAGGAUGGAGGUGAUUUGUCACAACAGAGAUAAAAAUCUUAAAUCGUUCAGACCUGACUGGGUUCAGCCCAGGAUUGGAUCCACUUGCACUUCAGUCAGCAGAGAUAAUUUUAAAAAGUUUUUUUUUUUUAACAUGUUGAAAUAUCUGUGCUAUGUCAUCUCUUUUUUUUUUAAUAUAAAACAUUUUUACAAUUUCUAAAAAAGUAUGUUUCAAAGUGAGUUACUUGUUAUUAAAAACCAGGAUUCCCAUGUCCUCGGUGGCAGGAGGUGCUCCCCGAGACCGGAGGGCUGUGGAAGGACGUUUCUGCCGGGGCUGGGGCAGCACAGGGCCACUCCCUUGCCCAGCUCUUUAGAACUGAUUCUUUUUAUUAUUUUUGUUUAAUUCAUUGGUGCAAUUUCAAUACAAACUCUAACCCUUGUGUAGCUUUGUCUUUAAGAAAACAGUAGUUAAGUACUGUUUAAAAACCUGCAUAGAAAUAAAGACUAUUGAGAUACAGUCAGCAAAGCCAUCUGAUAAGGCACACAAGAAAAUAGACAGUAAAUGUGAAUGCAGAACUCCCACUCGGAUGUACAGCAAAGUUCAUACAGGUGCAUAAAUCAUGGAACUCACAUCACUGGUCAGAGCAGCAAAAGGUUCCAGGGAGCAGCAAGUGAAUUCGGUCACUGGGGACACAACGGCCACGGGAACGUGUCCUUCUGCCUCCACCCUCCUGCCAGCCGGGAUGAACCCAGGAAAGGGGAAGCAGUUCCAGGGGAAGGGCUGAGGGCACUGGAGCCCCUGCGGGUUUAACGCUGCCAGGACAACGAGACAGGGCUGGAGCCACAGGGACACCGCCCUUCUCACCCCUCCCUUACAGCAUCAAGGGAUUUUUCUUAACU